AUGUCCGCUAAUCUAGAUUCCCUGCCCAGCUUGCCCAAAAUUCGAGUCGGCUGUCGGGAUCAGUCUCCGGGACCCUCCCCAGGCUUGCAGCGGCGGCGGCACAGACGACAUUGUAGUUCUAAACAAUAA